UCUCCUUUCCUCUUACGCUAAUGUCGCUCUCUUUUUUGCGCAUGCUCAUAACGACUGCGCGCGCAGCUAUUGCUUUUCACACCAGUACCGUACCGAUGGACGGUUUAGGCACGAUUACGUGGGACGAGUUUCUUGAGAAUGCCGAAAGUUUCGUACAGAUGUCGAAUGAGUUAUCAGAUGGAUGGGAACUGCGAGGAUAUGAUUUACAGGACAUUCCUGGAGAAGCAUACAUCGUCCGACAGAGAAAGCAAUUUACUUCCGCCCUUGACUGCAAAGCAUCGGAAAAUAAUGAGUUUACCGAUUUGAACUUCGUGUUAGGUGAAGACCCAUUUGAAGCCACUUCUCCAAUCGAGAAACCAUUGGUCACAGAACAUCAUGUAUUGUGGUCGAUGAGCUACAGCGUUCCAGUGCUUUAUUUUAAUGGCUGGAAAUCAGAUUUCCCUGGAAUUAAUCUAAUAUCUAUGGAAGAGGCGCAGUCACUUAUUACCGGAGCAGAAUUGAAGUAUACAGAAUUGUCACAAGCAAUGCAUCCCAUAUUGAGCACACCAUUUUUAUAUCUGCAUCCUUGUAUGUCUCAGGAACUCCUAAAAAUUACAAGUAAAAGUAAAAAUAAGUUAGUCAGUUGGUUAAGUACCGUCGCUCCUGCUGCCCUUGGUCUUAAAUUACGAUCCGAGUAUUGUAAAUUAACCUUAUAACGUAUUAAUCUGUAUAUUAUAAGACUGAAUAUUAUAAAUGUGAUAAUAAAAUGAUAUAAUUUUUUGAAGAA